AUGCAUUGGACAUCUCUGCUCGCCCUCGCGGCGCUCGCCGAAGCGGCACCACAGAUCGGCGGCGGCGAUGAUGCCGUUCGCAAGCUGUUCAACCGUCAAGGCGGCACGACCAUGCUGCGCUUCGGCUGCACCCAGGUCGUUAUCGACCGACUCGAUCCCCUGGUCAACCCCGGCAUGAUGCCCUCGCCACACGUCCACCAGAUCGUGGGAGGAAACGCCUUCAAUGCCUCGAUGACGACGGGCGACGUUUCGAAUGGCGCUACUUGCACCACCUGCGAGUUCUCCGAGGAUUUCUCCAACUACUGGACGGCGAACAUGUACUUCAGGGCCAAGAACGGCACCUACAAGCGUGUUCCCCAGGGCGGCGCUGCACUCCAGUUCAACGACCAGUUCAGCACCAAAAUUGAUGGCGGUGUCCUUGUAUACUACGUCUCGGCUCAGCCCGGUCAGAUUACAGCUUUCAAGCCCGGUUUCCGCAUGCUUGUCGGCGACCCCACCCAACGGUCGAGGACUGGCACCACACUGAAGAGGCAGAACUGCUACCGGUGCUACACCGGCCCCAACUUCGGAGGCGAUACCUCGGCACCGUGCCAGGAUAACAAGAUCGACUCUGAGGGCCUGCCGACCAGGGCAUGCCCAGGCGGUAUCCGUUCCAACAUUCAUUUCCCUACCUGCUGGGACGGAAAGAAUCUUGACAGCCCCAACCACCAGGACCACGUCGCCUAUCCCACUACAGGUCCCGCCAACUUCCUCAGCCUGGGAGGCAGCUGCCCGGCGACCCAUCCCGUAAGGAUUCCGCAGUUGAUGUACGAGGUUGUGUGGGACACCACCAAGUUCAACGACAUCGCCGACUUCUCGCAGGGCAGCCCAUUCUACCUGAGCACCGGUGAUAACACCGGAUAUGGCCAGCAUGGCGACUACGUUUUCGGGUGGAAGGGAAACGCUCUCCAGUCGGCUAUGGAUACCUCCGGCUGCUUCGGUGCCAAGUGCGCGAACUUGAAGACACAAACCAUCGAUCAGGCCAAGGCCUGUGGCGUGAAGGCCGUUAUCCAAGAAGACCACGACGGAUGGCUCACCCAGCUCCCUGGUGAGGGCGCCAUGGCCAACAUGUAA